UUUUAUUGUUAUUGUCAGUUCGUAAUGUUUGUAAUGUUUAUUGUACACGCAUGUUGUGGUAAAUGAAUAAAAAGAAAAGCAAAUCAGAGCUUUUUCAUCACAAAUGGGUAGUCACACACAGCUGUGUGUGAGUUCGAAAUGAUCUCGGUGAAAGACAAUCUGGCGUUGUGCUGGACAUUUACCAUCUUUUGUAAACCAAAGAAGGGUUUUAUUUUUGCAACUAAAACAAAAAAAAAGAAUAAAAAGAAUGAGCAGAAAAACAGUGCCAAUAAUUAAUAAUAACUUGGACAAUAAUUAAUAAUUGACAUCAUUAUGUAUAUUUUUAAGCAAAAACAAACAAACACAAAAAAACGAUGACUGAGCUACAUGCUGUAGUUCAAGCCCCGCACUUUUGAAUGUUGGUGUCCACUAGAUGGCGCCAAAAGACCAAGCGGCAUUAGCAUAGAGGGCGGGACUGAAGCAGCAUCCGGGGACAGAAGCGGGUUAUUGUCAUCACGAACACACCUUCUCAUCCUGGCUCUCUGGAUAUGAACCUGCAGCCUGCUCCCCUUGCAGCCCCCCUUCCUCCUCCUCUUCCUCCUCCUCCUCCUCAGUUGCUGAACAGCUGUAGUGCGCACUGAGCAACGGCAGUGCGCAAAAGGGCCGGCAUGCACCUGGAGGGGAACCCGCCCUGUAAAGCCGGUUCCAGACUCUGUUCGGAGUUUCAGGCGGAUUGCAGGAUGAUGCUCUAACAGCAUGAAUAUAACGGGGCGGGUGCUGAAGCUGGAGCUGCAACAUGGGCGUGGGUCGAAACGAGCGGGAUGUGAUUUCGCGGACAUAAUACGGCAAAAAGGAGGACCGUGCAAAACGAUCCGAGUUGUGAUCUGAGCUCGGGUUCGCUCGGAUUCACCACACGCAGCACUUUCCCCGUCCCUGGCCGGAAUGAUGGAGAAGGGCGCGUUGCAGCGCCAGCAGCAUCAGCAGCAGCAUCAGCAGCAUCAGCCUCCGUCCAAGAGCGCGGAGCGUCCGGUGGAGGACGUCGCCAAAAUCCCCGACGAGGAGCUGCUGAAGUGGAGCAAACCGGAGUUGGUGCGGCGGCUGCGCCAGACGGAGACGGAGAAGAGGGCCGUCAUCGUGGAGCACGGCAAUCUGAUGCGUGAGGUGAACCGGAGGCUUCAGCAGCACCUCACGGAGAUCCGGAGUCUGAAGGACGUGAACCAGAAACUGCAGGAGGACAACCAGGAGCUGCGGGACCUGUGCUGCUUCCUGGACGACGACCGGCAGAAGGGGAAGCGGGUGUCGCGGGAGUGGCAGCGCCUGGGCCGCUUCAGCGCGGGGCUGAUGAGGAAGGAGGUGGCCGUCUACCUGCAGAAGUUAAAGGAACUGGAGCAGCGGCAGAUGGAGGUUGUCCAGGAGAAUCUGGAGCUGAAGGAGGUGUGCUUACUGCUGGAGGAGGAGCGAGCCGCUGCCACAGAUGGAGGAGGGGUCCACACCCUGGGAGAUCCCAGCUGCAGGAGCUCAAUAGACAGCCAGAACAGCCUGUCUCAGCUCGCAGGGGGUGGGCCUACACCUGGCUUGCUGCGGGAUGUUGGCGAUGGGAGUAGUACCUCCAGCGCAGGAAGCACGGAUAGCCCCGAUAAACCCCACCACAAGUCACCUGCCCUGAGCUCCAGUGCGAGCCCAGGAUCAGGGCCAAGGCACUCCUUGGAGAAACAUAGAGAUAUGUGUGAAUCUCCAAAUAGGAGAAACAGGUCAACCCCUGAGUACCAAACCUUCCCUCAGUCUUGCCGCCCCCGUGGUGGGUCCCUUUUAAACCUAGCACCAUAUGGGCUUGGAGGACCUUGGCCUGAGAAAAACAGCAAAUCUCCCACCAGGCUACCUUGUGACUCCAACUCCAAACCCUCCACCUCUGAGCUACUAGCUCAAAAACCGUCUCUGAUGUCAGGGCACGCGUCACCAGCCUGCAGGAAGGGGUCGGCUAAGUCCAGCCCGGAGCUGAGUCAGAGGAGGUUCCAGGGAGACAAUCUGGGGGCCGGCUGCAAAGGUCCUGAAGCCAAGCAGCCCACAUCAGGGACCCUGGAGUACCUGAGGAAAGGCCGGGUGAUUGUUGGGAGUCCAGAGUCUAUGCGGCACCACCAUAAUUACCAUCACAGCCCUGGAGGGGAGAACAGCAAGGGAAGGCACAGCGGCGGGUCCCCGGGCAGGGAGAGGGCUCAGAGGAGGGCUGUUGGAGAAGAGAUGAGCCCCCAUCAUCAGAGUCUGUACAAUGCACUGAUAUCUGCUGGCUGCUGCACCAAUUCCUGUCGGACUGUAAAGCUUUGGGACAGCUUUGACGCCUCCUGACCAGGACACGCCUCUUGAUCUGAUGCUGCUCUGACAACACGCCCACACACACCACCGAGACAGAGAGAGGAACGAGGGAGGGGAGAAUGGACCAAUGUUUAACUGGGUGGAUAAAUGGUUGAAAAGGAAUCGGCGUAAAACAAAGACGCUGAAGAAUGAAACACUGGCACUGAGAGGUGAAACUCUGGAAACACACAUUCUGCCCUUUCUCCUGUUGCUGCUAAUGCUACUAUGCAUCUCUACUAGGUAACACUAGAUGUUGUUCGUCGUGUUGGAUAGGUGAGGACUUAUCCCUCCUUUGCCAAAAGAAACAGAAAGAAAUGACUAAAGCUGCUCAGAAUCCUUGUUGCCAACAAUAUGGUUCUACCUCUUUUGAAAGACAGAUCCUCAUAGAAGAUGCUCGAUACGAGAAGCAACGUCUGAUACUCACACUGAAGGUUAAAAACCCCCUCAACAGUAACAACAGCUGGCAUUCGAAACACUGCAAACACCAAGGUAAUAAAUAUAGCUCCUGCUUUGGAACAAAACACACUUUUAAAGCACAAACUCUAAUUCAAAGGAUGUUUUCUCUUGCUAUACUGGCCGUCAUCAUCAGGCAGUUUCAACAGUUUUGUCCUCUUAACAAUAGGCAAUGGAGAUGUUGGUGCAGGAGGUUCCGAAAAAACUGGCUGUGUAAGGACAGAGGAAGUGGAAGUGUGGAUUAGUGCGAAGCUCUUAUUUUAAAAUCAUAACAUAUUAUUCAGCAAGACCAUCUAGCUACUGUAAUCAAUCAACCCAUUUGUAGCUUGUAAGGAGAUCCUUAGAUACAGCCCAUAGCUCACGAUACUCCAUAAACAUUUUAAUAAAGUCUUAUUAAUAUGCAAUAUUCUAUUAACUAUUUUAUUGUUCAUAAACCAAUCUAAUAAUGUUAAUAUCAAUUUUAAGAAGUCAUUAUUUUCCUAGCCAUUAUUAGACAUUUAUUACAACCCAAAAAAUGUAUGUAAAUUUGAAGAUCCAUCCACACAUUAUUUAAAACACUUAAUGUUGCAGGGCUACAAGAGCCAAUCUCCAACAGCUAAUGGGCGAGAGGCGGGUACAACCUGGACAGGUUGGCAGUAUUUGGUGAAGGUAUUGAUUACAGUGUACCCACAUUUUCAGGUUUGGUCAUUGACGGGCAGUAUGGCCAAAUAUAUGAUCAAUAUGCAGAGCGUGAGUGAAUAAAGCAUCUAAUGUAUACAAAUCUACCAAUUAAUGAAUGUGAGCUGUCCUGUUCAAUUGCAGUAUUGCAUACAUGAUGACUUCAAUAUAAUAUUUGUGCAGCACAUAUUGUAAUGUCGAUUCUAUAGUGUAACUACAAAUAAAAUGGAAGGUCAUAAUAAAGGAAUCGAAUGUUCAAAAUAUAAUUCAAAAGUUUACAAUUUUGGGACUAAUCCUCUUAAUCUGAAAUAGGGAAGGAAUUCAAAGUCUUACAAUCACUUGGACCCAUUAACUUCCACCACCAGAACCACCAUUGAACAAAGAUCUAAGUUCCUGACUGUAGUCCAAAGUUGAGUAGUUUACUUUCACUUAAGGAACUUAUAUGCCACAUGCCUUGCUGUUGUUGGCCACAAGGUCCCUCUGAGACCGGCAGCUGUUAUUUCUGACCCAGGUUAUUUAACAUCCUGGUCGUUCCUGACUUUGGCCUAAGAAUCUGAUUGGAUAUUCAGAGGAUCUUAUUUUUAAAGUUACUAAAUGCCGUAGAGCGUACGAGGAUGUUCUGUGGCCACGGCCUCACUCAUCUUUACAGGAAAAUAGACAGAUUAUAGAUUUGCUUACAAUAAAAACAAAAACAUUUUUGGUAAACAAAUCUAGAGAAGGACCAGUCAGCGUGUGCUACUGGGAGAGGAGCAGGCAUGAGGAUAGCUAGUAAGAAAACUUUAUUGUUUUUAGACAUUCUUCAGACUAGAGAGGAGAAGAAAGAUGUCAACAACAUUUUUCUGUAACUAAUUACUUUUUCCAUUCACACUUUUGGAGGUUUAUGGACAACGUGAGAAUUAAAGCUGCAGUAUGUAGCUAUUAUAUAUAUAUAUAUAUAAAAACUAUACUCUCACACAUUUGUAACAUAUUUGGGACAAAUAAUUGGUCCAAAAAAAUUGAGCUCCUCUCACUUCUCUCAGUGCUUCCAGUGUGAACUAGAAACAACUAGUCAGAGCCAGGAGGAGAGUCUUAGCUUAGCGCUGUCAAUCAUCCCUCCCCUCCUUACAGCUUACAGCUUCAGAGCCUGUUGUGAAUGCUAAGGACAUUUAGCAUGGCCACUGGUGACCGCAGAAAAACGGUUUUCCUAUACAGGAAAAUUAUUUCUCCGCCAUUAGCACAUUUAGCAGUGCUUUCGUGAGAAUGAUUGGCAGUGCUAAGACACUCCUCCUGCCUUUGAUUGGUUGUUUUUGACUGGGAGUGGAGCAUCUCUUCAGACAGAAAUAGCAGCACAAUCUUUUCACAGAGUAUCUGCCUCAUAUUAUACUGCCAUGACAUGGUGAUAGUUACAAAUAUGUAAAAAUCUUUUUUUUUAAAGUUACAUAGUGCAGCUUUAAUUAAUUUUGUGGAGCUCAUGAGCAAUGACCGUUCGUACUAUGGGAAUUGUAGUGUGGAAGGAAUACAUACCUCCUCAGUUUAUGACAUGCAUAAUCUGAUCUCUUUUCAACUCUUUUAAAACUAUCAUCCAUAAUUGUUACUGCUUUAUUUAUUCCCUAAGCCUAACUUCAUACUUCCUGGAUGUCAAAUUCAAACUAUAUGUAGUUUUGUAUAGCACAAGUAGCAAAGGGUAUGUACAGUUAUUCUUGCGGAUUAAAAAUGAGGGUCGAAAUCACACUAUCCAAUUAGACUUUCUGAUAAAGUCACAGUUAGUCUGAAAUUACCAACGCAGAACUGCUCCAAAUGGCAAAGUAUAAGAAAUGUUACCAGAACACAUUACCUUCAGUUCUCAAUGGAUGUGAGAUUGGAAGGUGUGUGUACAACUUCUACAAAUGUAGCAUUUAGUUAGGAGCACCUUACUCUGCUGUUUUCCACAGGGUUAUAAAUUUGUUUGGAAAUAUAUAUAUAUUUAUAUUUUUUUUGGUCAAGAUCUGCUCCUAUGUCAACAGUGCUGCAGUAUUAUAAACUUUAUGUCAGCUCUCAUAUUGUGUGGUGCUGUGCUUUUGUGCGCGCCAUUUUGUGCAACCCUAGGUCAGUGACAAUGUACCGUUAGCAACAUUUUUAUAAAUAGCAAGCAAGACAACAUGUAAUUGGACAGCAAUUACAUGUAGUUUAAUUCAACAUGUAAUUUAACAUGUUUACAGUUCAUCUUUUGAGUUAUACUAUCUUCUACAUUUAUUUAUUUUUCUCAUAACUCUCCUGCUUAUUGGACAUAAGAGCGAAGCUCUUUCUUUCGAAAAAACUAGAUUGUACAAAAGUUCUCUGUGCCACAAGAGCUUUGCCCAGAUGUUGGCUCCAAAAAAAGAACACUGUGCCAAUAUAUUUAUAACUCUGUAAGAGUAAAAAAAAAAAAAAUCAGAUUUUUCUUCAGUAAAUUUCUUUAAUGAAGGUUUGAAAUCCACCUUGUGGAGAGAUGUUUUCGCAAAGUGGGGUUCUACUAAGAGGUCAUGAACAGUAAAUAUGGUACCUGCAAUAGAUAAGCUAAUAGCUUUUUCAUCAAAUUUAGCUAGUAAGAAUCCAUACUCAGCCCUGAUGUGAUCAAGUUUGCCAAAGCAUUUAAACAGGCAUCAUGUCUGAUUACAUAAAUGUCUGUUUUUAUUUACAACAACAUUCUUGGAACGUAUAUUGAUCUGCUGAAAAAUACCGAGGCAUUCUCAGUUCAUAUCGCUGGACAGAACUGUUCCUGUUUUAUGAACUCUCCAGAACCUAUAGAGAUAUUAUCGUUAUGGGCCUAACACUUAGAGUAAACCGCCUGGAUGGCUGAGAAUGUAGUUUAUUUUUUAAAUAAAAAAUAUAUGCUGUAUAGCCAAGUGUUUACUGGUAGAAAUGAAAGAUCCUUUCUACCAUAGAUAAAACGCUUUUUCAUUGUUCUUAAAUGUGUGUCAACAUGUGAGUGUGUGAAGCUUUUUCUGGCAACAGAAAAGGAGGAGUUUUACUGUUUUGAAGAAAACAAAAAGUAGGUGUCUCUGUCACUUUGCCUCCAGUGCCCAUAGACUGCUAGGUGAGGGAUUUACUGGUCAAAAACUCUUAACAGAACCCCGCUUUAAUAAGUCGAAACAGUAACUCAAAAUGUAGCAUGCCUAUUAUUAAAUCAACUUCAGGCUGUCAUUUACAGGAAGACGUUGUUGCAAACGGGCUUCUGUGAAAUAUCUUAAAUAUUUAUCUACAGUCUCUCCCAUACUCUUUUGUUCCCAUAAAAUUCUUCAUCUCACUUUGUAACAGGACCGCAUUUCAUUUUUUCCUCACUGGGAUCCAUGUCGAAUGGAUGAAGCGUCCCACAAAGAAACGCUUCAAAAGUCUGAGCUUGUGAUUUAUUUGACAGAUAAAGCACAGCUACGUGUUAUUAAAGCUAAGAAUAAUUGGCCUUAAGUCUUGGAAGUGUUAUAUGACAGGAAGUAGUUUCUAAAGCGCCUAGUUUUCCAUCUCCUGGAGAAAAGGCAGAUCCUUCAUUUGUUUUUAAGCGGAAAGUUUUGAGGCAUUUUACCCCAAAAGACUUAAUUCUUUCAGUGCCAGAACGAUACGUAGUUUUGAGAAGGAUGCAACGUUUUUGUUGGACCAUAUACAAUCAUUGACAAUAAUGUAUGUGCAGAGACCCGUAGACAGACAUAUAAUCCUGAGGCAACACAGUAUAACCUCCUGACUCUGUGAAAUGUUGUUUUUGUAGAUUUGGUGAAACAAGCAGGAAUUACAAUAUAUAUUGAAAGACAUGUUUUUAAAGUUUAAUAGUAGUAAAUCUGCUUUUCUAUAAAUAUUUACUUACAGCCAUUAUUUUUGACUUGUUGGUAUUAUAUAAUCACAAUUAUAUAUCCAGAGAUCUAUGUAUAAUACAUGCUAAUAAACUAUCUUUAUGUAGAAAAUGACUCGUUAUUUCCUAGUUCUUGUGUGUUGGUGUGGAUGUAUGGGUGUUAUUAGGAAAAUAUUAGCACAUCCAUGGACACUGAAAUAUGCUGAAAAUGCCUCACGUCAAGCAGUGUGGCCUGUUGGUCACCCUGAGGUAUUUCUCUACUGCGGUGCUCAUCAGGCUGCUUUACAUUCAACUCACACUAGAUAAUUAACAUUAAUUAAAAGAUAAUUAACAUGAAUUAAAUUAGAAUGUUACUGCAAAACUCAAGACAUUAUAUAGGUAGAUUUUUUUUUUUCUCCAAGUGGAUUAGUGGUUUCAACCAAUUUUUUUUUCCUGUU